AUGGAGAGGAUACGCUGGCUCGACGGCGUUCGCGCCAUCGCCGCCGUCUCGGUCUCCUACAACCACUACAUCAUGGGCGAAUUCACCGCGCCCUACAACUCCUUCUGGGCCUCACCCUCCUCCGAGAACCGCUGGCUCUUCCAGCUCCCGAUCCUGCGCCUCCCGUUCGCGGUGCACUCCAUGGUACCGCUCUUCUUCAUCAUCGGCGGCUACGCCAUGGCGCACAGCGUGCUCGCGCGCAGCAGCGGCGGCGACGGCGCCUUCUCGCGGUACUUCCAGCUGACCCUCGUGCGGCGCUGGCUGCGGCUGUACCUGCCCAUCAUCCCCAUCACCGUGCUGGCGAACGCGGCGUACUUUGUCGGCGUCACGACGCGGCCGUUUGCGGAGCAUGUGACGCGCGGUCUGAAGCCGUGGACGGCGCCGAUGCAGCAUGCGAGGCUGCUGGUGGAUUACUUGGUUGAUAUCGCGGAGCCGAUGAAUCUGGCGUGGCAUGAGGGGUUCAACAAUCAGCUGUGGACGAUCCCGGUGACGUUUCGCGGGUCGUGUGUGUUGUACCUGACGCUGCUUGGGUGCUCGUUGUGGAAGACGCAGCAUAAGCUUGUGGGUAUGAUUGGGCUUGCGGGGUAUUUCAUCUAUCAUGGGUACUGGGAUCUGUUCUGCUUUCUUGGCGGCGCGUGGCUGGCGGAGAUUGGUGCGCUCAUACAGGCGAGGCAUGAGUGGUCCGUCAUUGGGUCGCCAGUCUUGUUCCCGCGAAGGGCUACGGCAAGCAGAGCCAGGCUUGUUGGCCUGGCGAAGACUAUUCUUCUGCUUGGAGGUCUGUAUCUCAUGUGCUUCGAGGGCGACGAAGGGACCGGGGUGGCUCACGUCGGCUACCAGUGGCUGGCAUCUAUCCGAUCGAGACGCUGGGCAGAGUCCGGUCGCAACACAUUCUCUGUUGUCAGGUCCUGCUAUCAGUCUUUGGGCGGCUUGAUGGUCAUCUCGGUCAUCGCAACCUCCCCAUCCGUGGCGAGGCGGCUCGAAGCCCCAGUGUUGCAGUAUCUGGGCAAGAUCUCGUUCUCGUGGUACCUCAUGCAUCAGUUGCCGCCCAUUAUCCUGAAGGGUCCCCUGAGGGACUUCUUUUGGAGACUGCUGAGGCCGCAGGAUCCUGUCCAUCUGAUAAUACCUGAAGCUUUACAGUACCCUUGGACACUUCUCUUCUCAUGGACGGCGACGGCGAGCAUCAUAUUCACCUUGACCUGGGUAUGCGCUGAUUUGUACUUCCGUCAUGUGGAGGAGAAGAGCGGUGCGGUGUCAAAGCGGGUUGAGAGCUGGGUGAACGCGCCCGAGGACAGGGAUACGGAAGCCAAUACUGCUGUUCCGAUCAUCAAGAGGCCAUAG